AUGACCGAUGAUCAAACGUAUGAACAAGAAGAAACUGCUGCGAAAAUUCUAUCAACUAUACGACAUAGAGCCCCCUCUUAUGUUUCUCCAACCGCCUGUCUCGCCCCUUCGACAUACGAGGAAGAGCUUUACGCAUACUACCCAAAAAUAGAUAAACAGAUCAGCAUCCCAGAACUCCAGGAAAAAUUGGGAAUAUCCACAGAUCCAGAUGACCGGAAGAAAGCGAAAUGGAAAAACCUUCGUGAUCUUGUGGAGCGCCUAUCAUUGAAAUUUGAUUUCGAAGACAAAGGCGUAACCAAUAGGGCCAAAAUUACCCAGGCUAUUGCAGAAUCACCUGCCUGGAAUGAUUGUAACCCGAUAUCACUAACGGCAGCCUUCACGGAAGUUCUCAUCUACAAAUACCAGCGGAACGAACGUAGGAAGAAUACUCCACGAGAAUAG